AGUGGAGCCAGGAGCAUAGCGCCGCCAUGGGCUUGGGGGCCAGCAUGCUGAGAGCCCUCCUCCUCCUCCUGGAUGUUGGAGGAGCUCCAGUGUUAGCAACAAGCAAGUCUGCUGGGGCUGAAAUUGAUAUCAAGUACGCCCUCAUUGGGACGGCUGUGGGCGUCGCCAUAUUGGCUGUCUUCCUGGUCCUGAAGAUCUGCAUGAUCAAGAAACAUUUGUUUGAUAUCGACUUCUCCGACUUGAGAAGCCCAAACCCAGGCUUCAACGACACUGCCACACUAAAGAAGAGAGUCCCAAGGUCAAACCUCAAUUUCUCUGAAAGAGAUGAACGAGUGAUUGAGAUCUAAAUGAGUGGCCUCCUUGGGAAAGGUGGGGCAGUCUGGACAGUUUCAAUCUCAGGGAUGUCAUGAAUUUGAGCUUCCAAAGCUGGUGAUGGACCUUCAUGUGGACGUCAAUGCCCAGGCCAAGUAACAGAUGGAAUAGGGUCUACAGCGUUUCUGUCCUGAAGGAAAAUAUCAAUUCUCUUCCAUGAGAAGUGGACUCAGAAGAGGGAAGCAUGAGUACUUUACCCAGCAGUAAGAAAGGAUGGAAGCCAAUAAUCCACACUGUCUAUCCUGGUGCUCCUUGGUGGAGUUGUUCAUGAUUCUGUGAUAACAUUGUGUCCAUAUCAAUGAAACCUACCCAGAGCAAAUGGCUCAUGGAAACGGGGACCAAAGUCAAGACACAGCCUGCUUAAUACCACCAUUUAUCAAUAGGUAAGCAUCAUUUUUCUAGAACUGAUGGCCUCACCUUUUCAGUUGCCAUAAGAAUCCCCCAUGUGAAUAUUCAGGAUCCUUUAGACAUGAAGACUAUGGGGGUAGUCUCUGGUCUGAGGAAUGAAAGACUGACCUUCCACAGGAAAGAAUGGAGGACUGGGCCAGAGUGAGAGGAAGGGGUCUGAAUGGCCACGGAAUGGCCUACAGCUUUGCAGCUCUACACAAGAUGAAGCCAACAAAGGAUUAAAUGAAAAAGCCAAUGGUGUGCCUUGUAGGGACAGAGUGAGAGGAAGGGGUCUGAAUGGCCACAGAAUGGCCUACAGCUUUGCAGCUCUACACAAGAUGAAGCCAACAAAGGA